ACGAAAGGGUUGAAACGAAGCAGAGCAGUUGCCGUUAUCCACAUUCUCUCUCUAUAUCUACCGUUUUCUCUCUCCACCCGUUUCUCCGAUCAAUCUGUUUAGGGUUUUUCAGAUUCUGCAACGACCUGACUCAGCCAUGGUUUCCGAUUCGAUCCCCAACGCCUCCAUCGCCUCAUCGAACCUUAGGGAUUUCGCCAAGAAGAAGAGGGCAAACCGCUCGGCGAAAUUGAAGCAGUGCAAGCUCGAUGCGCGCCGUGAGCAGUGGCUUUCUCACGUGAAAAAUAAGGGUGAAAGUAAGGCGGAUGCCAAUGGAGGGGUGACUGCAUCCACCGGGGCAUCUGUGCAUUUGGAAAAUCCGAGUAGCCAACCGAUGGGGAAGCUAGAGAUUAAGAUGAGAAGUGAGGAGGGGAUAUAUGGAGAUGGUUCACCGAUGAAUCAUUACAGUGACUCGGACUCCGUUCAGUCCAACAGCCCGACCAGCCACACCAGUAGUGUUUCGGGAAGCAACGAUUCUGGGGCCAAUUUCACUGGAAGUAGCGGAAGCAGCAGCAGCAGUAGUACUAAUGGUUUCUGUUCAGGGAACAUGAGCGAUGAAGAUGUAGGGGAUGCUGGCGAUGAUGAUUGCUUGGAGGAUUGGGAGGCCAUUGCUGAUGCAUUGGCUGCCACUGACGACACGCAGAAAGAUUCGCCUCCUUCAAAGAAUCAUGACCAUUCUACAGAGUCUGGUUCUCAGGUGGAUGCAAGUGACCAGAUCCAUACAGCCAGUGCUGAUCCGGAGAGGGGAAGAACUGCUAAUCGUAGGUCCCUGGUAAAUUGCUGUGCUUGGAGGCCAGAUGAUGCUUGUCGUCCCCAGACCUUACCCAAUUUGUCCAAGCAGCAUAGUUUUCCAAUGAAGUCUGAGCGCCAUUUAGACCAAGGAUCAGUAUGGGUCUGUAAAAACGUCGGACCAAUCCCCACAGCAUGUCCGAUAUGCUUUGAGGAUUUAGACUACACCGAUUCAAGCUUUUGCCCCUGUGCGUGUGGUUUCAGGCUCUGCCUUUUCUGUCACAAGAGAAUACUUGAGGAGGAUUCCCGUUGCCCAGGCUGCAGAAAGCAGUACGAGGUUGAACCUGUUGAUGGAGAGGCAACGCUGGACGGAGGCAGCUUAACCUAUCGAUUGGCUCGUUCUUGUAGCAUGGUUACAAGGUCUUGAAAGUCUCUGUUCCUUAAACUUGUAUGUCGGGUCUCUCUUUCUGCGUGCGUUCUUACUAUUAGACUGUUUUUUUAACAGCCUUUAGAUGUUGGUAUAUAAUAUCUUUUGAAGCUCAGGGAAUUAAUCUUUUGAUCAUGAGUUUUCUUGAUAUGUCUUUUAGUUGUACUGUGGUUAUGUGAUGUAGAAGACCUAUUAUGUGAAUAGAUAAAAGGGCAGAGAAAUGAAAUCCAUUGAGUUCUUAUCUUGGUA